AUGUCUACAGCUCAGUCCCUACGAGCAGCUUGUGACGCGCCGGAUUCCUUAUUCGCCCGCUCUGACGAGGAGCUAUUGCACUUGGUGCACAACGAAUUUCCUCAGGAGAUUGAUCGUCUCCAGCGCGCGUACUCCAUCCGCGAUGGACCAUGGACCCCUCCUAGCACUCCAUCUCCGUCCUACAUUUUAUACAAAGAGGACUUUGACGAGGUUAACCGUACACUGGUGGGAUUUCUGACUUUGCGCUGGAUCCACAACGAUCAAUACGAGGCACUCAUCGCCUCACAGCCUGCGGAGUUCCAAUUAACAAGAGCCUCAUUUCAUUGGAUCAGGAAUUUUUACGCACAGGUCAUCACAAAUGCCGAUACUUUAUUUACAUUGAUCACUUCAAUCAUCAUCAAUGAUUUGGGGAAGGAUCCACAGUUAGCAUCCGAUUGUUACGCAGAGACUGGCGUGGAUAUUUCCACUCUCAACCACGAUGCCGUUCUGCUCGAGGCUUUAAAGGCCGGCCUAGUUCCUUCGCUGGCCCAACUCUCCAACCAAGGCAGAAGCGAUAUCUGCAGUGCAAUUGAGCUCGGGGCAACCUUUAACUUUGGCCAGCUGGCUCAGGCAGAAAACGCCCCGGCAUCCUUGACCGGUUUGCUACGAAUGAAGGGCCAUGAUCGCAGCUUUCGGCUCCGCUUCAUGGAACAUUUGCUUGAUGUUGCCGGUGCAGCGGGCCACAUGGACUGGACGUGCGCGAAAACGCUUAGCCAGCCUGUCUUCGAAUCCUAUCGCAAUGUUUUCGAUGCAUGCGAGGGUGUUAUCACCGGUACUCUGACAGUUCGCAGUGGAUAUGACCUGAUAUUAAUUCGACGGGCGGAACUACUUCGUGACCAGGACGUGCGUGUAUACUAUGUGGAAGACAAAUUGGAAGACAGAGCUCUGAUUCGAUUGCUGUGCAUGGGCAGGGUGACUACGCGCGAAAAGGCCGUUCUUUACGAUAACGCAUGGCGUACGCUGGAAGACCCAGUCAGGGAGACUUUGAUGAACAGUCUCAAUCUGGAUGGCCAGAGGAGCCAGCCUGCUGUUCAGCCGACUUACAUGCCUGCCCUGCUUAGUCGUAUAAAGGAAGAGAAUGCCUUAGUUUGUACCUUGCGCUAUCUGGCCCGGGUAAUGAGUGCGACGGAUAUGGGCGAUCCUUCGGCUGUGGUCAUUGAGCGGAGUGUUUUUACGGUGUUGAAACAGGUGAUUGAAAGUGAAGAGUUUGAGAAAAACCCAUCUAUUUUGGGGGAAGUGGAUGUGCCUGAGGGCGUGGUUACUUUGACUACAGCCUCACUCUAA